GGAGACUAACACCAAGGGCGCCGCCUGGCUUGGCAGCUAGUGUUCCCCGGAACGUGGUGGGGACUGCUAGUGUUGCCGCCGCUGUGUCACGAUGGCUUGGGUCUGGACUGUGUCCCAACCUCUCGGGAGACGUGGGUCGUCGGAGCCUCUUUAGUGGCGGAGUUUGGGCCGCAGGCAUCUUGGCGGCUGCGGGAGAACAGAACCUCUGGAUGGAUUCUUCCGGGAAAGCUUUGCUCAUUUGCAGCAGCUGGACAAUGUUCCUCAUUAACAUCUGUCUGUCAGCAUAGUUGUGACAUCAUUUCACUGUGGUGACAGGGACUCAUCUCCGAAUUCUUUGUAGAAAAAGCACCUUGGAUCCCAGGUUUUCAAUGGCUUCAAGACAACCAGAAGUGCCUGCUCUUGGGCCCAGUGGGCCUCUAGGCAAGAUGUCCCUGCCCAUCGGGAUGUGCCGCCGGGCAUUCAGCUACGAUGAUGCCCUGCAGGACCCUGCGCCCAUGACUCCUCCUCCCUCGGACAUGGGCAGCAUCCCCUGGAAGCCUGUGAUUCCAGAGCGCAAGUAUCAGCACCUUGCUAAGGCGGAGGAAGAAGAGGCCAGUGUACCCCCAAGUGCCAUGACCCUGGCCACGGCCACUGACAGCGCGGACAAGGUCCCGGUGGUGAAGGCCAAAGCUACCCAUGUCAUCAUGAGUUCUCUGAUCACAAAACAGACCCAGGAGAGCAUUCACCGUUUCGAGCAGCAGGCAGGGCUGAGAGAUGCUGGCUACACACCGCACAAGGGCCUCACCACCGAGGAGACCAAGUACCUUCGAGUGGCAGAAGCACUCCACAAAUUAAAGCUGCAGAGUGGAGAGAUGACAAAAGAAGAGAAGCAGCCUGCGUCAGGCCAGUCCAGCCCAAGCAGCAGCCCUCACUCUUCCCCGAAGCAGAAGUCCAGAGGCUGGUUCACUUCUGGUUCCUCCACAGCCUUAACUGGCUCAAAUCCUAGCACCAUGGAUCCUGGAAGUGGGGACAAGGACAGAACCUCCUUAGAGAAAUGGAAUGUGUUCGGACCAAGACCCCUCCAGAAGUCUGAUUCUGGAGGUUUUGCUGUCCAGGCCUACAAAGGAGCCCAGAAGCCCUCCCCCAUGGAGCUGAUCCGGGCCCAGGCCGCCCGAAUGGCUGAAGAUCCAGCAGCCUUCAAGCCACCCAAGAUGGAUAUCCCCAUGACAGAAACGAGGAAACCACCACCGCGGACCCAUAAUCUCAAACCGCGUGACUUGAAUGUGCUCACACCCACUGGGUUCUAGGGUGUUUUCUGUCCCAGGAACUCUGGGUAGAGGGUUUCUUGUGUCCCACUUCCCUUGGCUCUGACAUAGGAUUUUUUUUUUUUUUUAAGGAAUGGUGUAUUUUCAAACCUCUUAAACAGAGGCUACUGCUGGAGACACAAUUAAUUUUUGAGAAACAGUGCAAAGCCUGUACUUGUGUGGAAGCACUGCUUUAGACUAAAAAAAUCUGAGCAGUGAUUUGGGGGGACCUCGUUACCUAUUUUGUAUUGUUUAUCCUAGACAACUUCGAUCAUUGCUUACUAGGUAAAUAAUGUUUAUGCUGUUCCAAAACUGAGACUCCUUGAUUGUUUCAUCACAAUGAACACAAACAGUGACAAAUUA